AUGGCAAAAAUAAUUUCUGAAAGACUACACUUCAUUCGUAACCAUCAAAAACAACUACAUGCGGAUGAUUAUGUUCACCUCCGAGAUGCUGUUAACAAUAAUGCAAAUAUUAAUACUAAUAACGUGGAGCAACAAGUAAUUCUUCCCUCCUCUUUUACUGGCUCCCCACAUUACAUGCAUGAAAAAAAUCAGGAUGCCAUGACUUAUGUUCGUAAAUUUAGCCGUCCAGAUUUAUUUAUUACUUUCACAUGCAACCCGGAAUGGCCGGAAAUAAAAAAUGAAUUAUUUCAAGACCAAAAGUCGUUUGAUAGAGACGAUAUAAUCUCUAGAGUUUUUCAUCUCAAACUAAAAAAUGUUGAAUGGCAAAAACGAGGUUUGCCAGACUGCCACAUUCUAUUGUGGUUACAAGUGAAAAUUCAGCCAGAUGAAAUUGAUAAAAUUAUUUCUGCCGAGAUACCAAACAAAGAUAAAGAUCCUAUACUUUAUGAAAUAGUAUGCAAGAAUAUGAUUCAUGGCCCAUACGGCGAGUUAAAUAUUAGAUCGCCAUGUAUGAAUAAUGGAAAAUGUAGUAAGAAAUACACUCACAAAUUGGUCAAGGAUACUCAAACUGGAGAUGAUGGUUAUCCGACUUACCGACGGAGAUCACCAGAUGAUGGAGAUUAUACUGCAAUAUUAAAAGUUCGUGGUCAAACAGAAAUCGUGGUUGACAACCGUUGGGUUGUACCAUUGUUACUAAAUUAUGUACAAGGUCCUACUUCAUUUGAAAGCUUGAAGGCCUUUGAUGGAGUCAUUCACGCGACUUUUAAAGCUACCUGUUUUGCUCUUGGGCUUUUAGAAAAUGACGAGCAAUGGAAAAAUGCUCUAGCGGAGGCAACUCUUUGA